ACGCUGCGCUGCACUUCCCAUCCAAGUUCCGAUCGACCCGGCUCGCGCAAUUCGGCACGCGCGACACGCGCCAAACCCGGUGUACGUGAUAGUGCGCGUGAAGAACGCCCCCUAAUAUCUGCUUUUGGUCACGAAUUUUUUUUUGAUCGGUGACGCAGAGCCUUAUUUCGGAUUUUAUCGUAAUUUUUUUUUCCAUAUCUCGUAUUUUACCUCCACCGUGUCACUACUUACAGCCUUGAUAGACCCUGCAAACCUCAAUCCUCUGCACUUGAAUUUGAGCUUCACUGCUGCCAUCGCAACAAAAAAUUCUCGCGGUUUAGACCCAAUCUCCGCUUGGCUCUGGAAUGUUCCGUUCAAACCCUAUCGAAAACCACGUUCAAAAACACCUUAUUGCAACUACAUUUGCAACAUGUCUGUGAUUGACUCCUGCCACUAGAGUUACUGUCUUGCAACACAAAAUUCCUUGACGAACUUCCGGUGAUCUCUUCUUUAAAACCUAACCUUCUCCUGCAACCUGCAACCCCAAAAUUCGUAAACCUUCUUCCGGUGAGUUCUUCCUUACAACCUACCCUCCUCCAUUAACCUGCAACCCCGAAAUUCGUGAACCAUCUUCCAGUGAUCUCCCUUAUGACCUACCUUCCUGCAACCUGCAACCCCGAAUUUGUAACUCGCCUGGAAUAGAUCUUUGCCUUGAAGUGCUACCCUUUUGCAAGCCCAAAUUCGUAAACUGUCUUUCAUACAUUCUUGCCUGAAAACUACCUUCGAGCGACUGUACAUUCGUACACUGUAUUCCUUAGAUCUUUGUCUUUAAGUACGACACAGACACAGCCGCAACCCCAAAUUUGUCAACAGUCUUGCAUAAACUUUAAUCUUGGAGGCUCCUCACUUACAAUAUCGAAUUUGUUGGUUGGCUUUCAGGAAUCUCUGCCUUAAGGGGGUCCUUUUGCAACUCCAACUUUGUCGACUAUCUUUUGUCAAUUCUUUGUUGAAUCCACGUAGAAUAGAUAUGACAAGAGAAGAAAACCACUCUCAGCAUAUAUAGCUGAUCAUGAACAAUUAAUGGUGUAGCUCAUCAACGGGAAAUGAUAAGACUACAGAAAUAACGACUACCGAAAAUUUGUUUCGUAUCAUCCCCAAAUCGUGCCGAUUCACUUUUCUCACCACUUUCCUUUCAUCUACAGAUAAGCAAAUCAAGUCAAUUCACUUUUCUCACCAUUUUUCUCUCAUCCAUAGAUAACCAAAUCGUACUGAUUCACUUAUCUCACCAUUUUUCUCUCAUGUACAGAUAACCAAAUCGUACUGAUUCAUUUUUCUCACCAUUUUUCUCUUCUCUACCGAUAAGCAAAACGUACCAUUUCACUUUUCUCGCCAUUUUUCUCUUCUCUAUCGAUAAGCAAAUCGUACCAUUUCACUUUUCUCGCCAUUUUUCUCUUCUCUACCGAUAAGCAAAUCGUACCAUUUCACUUUUCUCGCCAUUUUUCUCUUCUCUACCGAUAAGCAAAACGUACCAUUUCACUUUUCUCGCCAUUUUUCUCUUCUCUACCGAUAAGCAAAUCGUACCAUUUCACUUUUCUCGCCAUUUUUUUCUUCUCUACCGAUAAGCAAAUCGGAUCAGUUCACUUUUCUCGCCAUUUUUUUCUUCUCUACCGAUAAGCAAAUCGGAUCAGUUCACUUUCUCACCAUUUUUCUCUUCUCUACCGAUAAGCAAAUCGUACCAUUUCACUUUUCUCGCCAUUUUUUUCUUCUCUACCGAUAAGCAAAUCGGAUCAGUUCACUUUCUCACCAUUUUUCUCUUCUCCAGAGAUAGUUAGAGCCCAACAUGAUAGUUCCUCCGCGACUGAUGAGCACCUUCCCGCUCAAAAUUAUGCUGUCCAUCACCCUCUUCCUCCUCCUCUUGACCGGAUCCGUCCACUUCCCAUCAGUUUCACUCUCUCCCACACCCAUCCCGAUCCAACCAGCAUCGUCCUCCUCGGAAACCUUCGCCGGUUCGUUGCGCAAAUGGGAUGCCCUGGUGGGUUGCGAUCGCUUCAGGGAGAAGCACAACAAGGUGAUUCCGAACCAGUCCGCGGUUCCUUCGCUGCAACCGACUGGUUGCGAUUUGGAUUGUGAGCGACUGAAACUAAAGCACGUCAGUAUUUUGGUCAAGAAGUGGACUUGGAUUCCCGAUAAUUUGGAUAAUUUGUAUCCUUGCUCUUGCGGGCUGAGUUGCUUGUGGACGAAAUCGUCUGUUCUUGCGGACAAACCGGAUGCUGAGCUCUUCGAAAACCAUUCGCCUCCUGCUCAGAGAAAAGCAGGAGAACCCAUCCGCGUAUUAAUUGAUCUGGAACCUGGUCGAAAGAGGACAGGCCAAGAGGAUAUCUUCAUAAGUUACCACGCUGGUGACGAUGUGCAGUCAACCUAUGCCGGUUCUUUGUUUCACAACAGUCGAAACUAUUACGUAUCAGAUACUAAAAAUCGGGACACUCUCAUUUACUGGUCUUCAUCGCGAUGCCUUCCUCAGAGAGAUGAACUAGCUGGGAAACUCCUUCCACUGCUCCCGCAUCAUUCAUUCGGCAAGUGCCUUAACAACGUUGGUGGUCAGGAUAAGGCUCUCACAUUUUAUCCCAAAUGCGCGAUCAACAAUCCACCAAAAUGGUGGGAUCAUCUGCACUGCGCAAUGUCUCACUACAAGUUUGUACUUGCAAUUGAGAACACCUUCACCGAGAGUUACUUGACGGAGAAGCUAUUUUAUGCUUUGGACUCCGGUUCCGUUCCUAUCUAUUUUGGUGCGCCAAACGUCAUGGAUUUCGUUCCCCCUCAUUCCAUAAUAGAUGGAAGUAAAUUCCAAUCGAUGGAGGAGUUAGCUUCAUACGUAUUUAAAGUUGCAAAUGAUCCCAUAGCCUACGCAGAAUAUCACGCAUGGCGAAGGUGUGGUGUGCUGGGUAACUAUGCGAAAGUGCGAGCGAUGAGUCUCAAUACACUGCCAUGCCGAUUAUGUGAAGCUGUGAGUAGAAGGGGUGGGAGGAACGCGGGAAGCUGAGUAGAGUUUCUGGUUGAAUUUUCAGCUCUGAUAAAGCUCUGAUAUUCAAAUAAAAUAGGCUCAGGCAUACCAAACAAGAGCUUCAUACGAUGAUGAAUAGUUAUGUGACUCAUUGACUUAUAUGCAUACCACUCACAGAAUUAGAGUUGUGUGCACAUUAUAAUGGCCUGAGAGCCAAAAUGCAUUCAAUUUGAGUGAGUAUAUUAUUGAGCUUUUUGUUAUGUUACAGUAAUAAUAGAUUUGCUAAUAUACAGGCAUGUCCUGUUAGGGGUGUUCAAAUGAAUUCUUGCGGGAACACUAUCAAUAUUGUCUCUUAUUGAAACUGGCGGCAGUACCAACAGUGGCGAUGAUAUCGUUAACAGCCGGCCUUAUCAGAUUUUUGAGAGCUUGCACUCAAUGCAUUGUUGCCCCGUGCGUCGGUUUAUCAGA